UUUUGUUGUAAUCGCAAUAGGCAGUUGGUGAUUGACGAGACUUGUAGUCAGGGGGCUGCUGUCAGGUUACAAUAAAACUCUGAAGUUUCUAGUAAAGAAGGCUAAAGUUAUAUUGACAUGUACUAAAACAGUACCAUAUUUGAAAGAUAUUAGAUACUUGAUCAGCGAGUUUCGUGAUUUCCAAAAUGAGUGAUAUAGAAAACCAGGACGUUGACCGUAUAAAUGAAGAUAACGACUCUGACUCUGAUCCUGAUCCAGCUGCAGACGAGGCGGCGCUGAAUAACGAGGAUGACAACACUUUUCAAAGUGAACCAGAAGUGGAAUUGAUCAGUAUUGGUUAUGGUACUAUGGUACCUAAACAUGCGUACGAAAACAUCAACUGGGCCUGUUAUAAAAUCGCCACAAGGUCUUUACUUCGACUUACCUUUCCAAAACAGAUUUUGGCGACCCAUUGUUUGAGUGGGAGGAAGUCACCAGCCUUUCCGAAUAAGCCAGCAAAAAUGGGCUUGGAUCCAGAUAUAGUUAGAGAUGUGAUUGUUGAGGUAGUGAGGAGAUGUGGCGCACAAGAAAAUUGGAUUCGGAGCGUCAUUGCAAGUAAAUGCUCUGAGGAGGCCAGGAUACGUAGAACACAAAUGAGUAAGCUGGUAGCAGCUAGAGCAAAUAAUGAAAAUAUUCCACCAAACAACAACUGAGGGUGCUAAAGCACAGAAUACUAGCUGAAGCAUAAGACAAAAGAGGAGACUGGACAAGAGUUAUAUAAUCGAACAAGGUAGACCAGAAGCAAAACGAAAUGAACGAAAGUAGAUAAGACAAGAUAGGUAGUAUUAAGACAGUUUACCCAUGUGUGGUAAUGUUACAUUUUAUCGACAAAAAUCAUACAAAAUAAUUUUAACAAUCCUAGUGAUCAUUCGACUUGUAAGUCUUGUAACCGUCAUUAUUAACCGAUCUUCAUUCGAGAUCGAUCUCUUUUUUCCACAUACAUAAAUACAGCUAAUGUCGUAAAUUGAUCUUAAUCCACAGAUUAUGAAUUGAUACUUAUUAGGUAUAAUUUCGGUAUUGGUUAUUAAUUUUAAAAUUUAAUAUACAUAUGAUGUACUUUUAAUUAAUUUGAAUAAUUAUUACUUUUAUAAUAGGAUUAAAUGAAAAUCGUAAUAAAAUAUUUUGCUCGUA